GUGACUUACUAGAAAUUCCUUUCUCAAAUCAUACAAUGAAUGAUACGUUGGAGCAUGAUGCAAGUAUCGUUGUAGCUUGUGACAUGGGCUACUCUACUGGUAUGGGCAUUCUAACAGAGCUCUUGUGUAAUGAUGGGACUCUUUCUCCAUCUCCUCCUGUCUGUUAUGAAAACUGUGACUUACUAGAAAUUCCUUUCUCAAAUCAUACAAUGAAUGAUACGUUGGAGCAUGAUGCAAGUAUCGUUGUAGCUUGUGACAUGGGCUACUCUACUGGUAUGGGCAUUGUAACAGAGCUCUUGUGUAAUGAUGGGACUCUUUCUCCAUCUCCUCCUGUCUGUUAUGAAAACUGUGACUUACUAGAAAUUCCUUUCUCAAAUCAUACAAUGAAUGAUACGUUGGAGCAUGAUGCAAGUAUCGUUGUAGCUUGUGACAUGGGCUACUCUACUGGUAUGGGCAUUGUAACAGAGCUCUUGUGUAAUGAUGGGACUCUUUCUCCAUCUCCUCCUGUCUGUUAUGAAAACUGUGACUUACUAGAAAUUCCUUUCUCAAAUCAUACAAUAAAUGAUACGUUGGAGCAUGAUGCAAGUAUCGUUGUAGCUUGUGACAUGGGCUACUCUACUGGUAUGGGCAUUCUAACAGAGCUCUUGUGUAAUGAUGGGACUCUUUCGCCACCUCCCCCUGUCUGUUAUGAAAUCUGUGACUUACUAGAAAUUCCUUUCUCAAAUCAUACAAUGAAUGAUACGUUGGAGCAUGAUGCAAGUAUCGUUGUAGCUUGUGACAUGGGCUACUCUACUGGUAUGGGCAUUCUAACAGAGCUCUUGUGUAAUGAUGGGACUCUUUCGCCACCUCCCCCUGUCUGUUAUGAAAUCUGUGACUUACUAGAAAUUCCUUUCUCAAAUCAUACAAUGAAUGAUACGUUGGAGCAUGAUGCAAGUAUCGUUGUAGCUUGUGACAUGGGCUACUCUACUGGUAUGGGCAUUGUAACAGAGCUCUUGUGUAAUGAUGGGACUCUUUCUCCAUCUCCUCCUGUCUGUUAUGAAAUCUGUGACUUACUAGAAAUUCCUUUCUCAAAUCAUACAAUGAAUGAUACGUUGGAGCAUGAUGCAAGUAUCGUUGUAGCUUGUGACAUGGGCUACUCUACUGGUAUGGGCAUUGUAACAGAGCUCUUGUGUAAUGAUGGGACUCUUUCUCCAUCUCCUCCUGUCUGUUAUGAAAACUGUGACUUACUAGAAAUUCCUUUCUCAAAUCAUACAAUGAAUGAUACGUUGGAGCAUGAUGCAAGUAUCGUUGUAGCUUGUGACAUGGGCUACUCUACUGGUAUGGGCAUUGUAACAGAGCUCUUGUGUAAUGAUGGGACUCUUUCUCCAUCUCCUCCUGUCUGUUAUGAAAACUGUGACUUACUAGAAAUUCCUUUCUCAAAUCAUACAAUAAAUGAUACGUUGGAGCAUGAUGCAAGUAUCGUUGUAGCUUGUGACAUGGGCUACUCUACUGGUAUGGGCAUUCUAACGGAACUCUUGUGUAAUGAUGGGACUCUUUCUCCAUCUCCUCCUGUCUGUUAUGAAAACUGUGACUUACUAGAAAUUCCUUUCUCAAAUCAUACAAUAAAUGAUACGUUGGAGCAUGAUGCAAGUAUCGUUGUAGCUUGUGACAUGGGCUACUCUACUGGUAUGGGCAUUGUAACAGAGCUCUUGUGUAAUGAUGGGACUCUUUCUCCAUCUCCUCCUGUCUGUUAUGAAAACUGUGACUUACUAGAAAUUCCUUUCUCAAAUCAUACAAUGAAUGAUACGUUGGAGCAUGAUGCAAGUAUCGUUGUAGCUUGUGACAUGGGCUACUCUACUGGUAUGGGCAUUGUAACAGAGCUCUUGUGUAAUGAUGGGACUCUUUCUCCACCUCCUCCUGUCUGUUAUGAAAACUGUGACUUACUAGAAAUUCCUUUCUCAAAUCAUACAAUGAAUGAUACGUUGGAGCAUGAUGCAAGUUUCAUUGUAGCUUGUGACAUGGGCUACUCUACUGGUAUGGGCAUUGUAACAGAGCUCUUGUGUAAUGAUGGGACUCUUUCUCCAUCUCCUCCUGUCUGUUAUGAAAACUGUGACUUACUAGAAAUUCCUUUCUCAAAUCAUACAAUAAAUGAUACGUUGGAGCAUGAUGCAAGUAUCGUUGUAGCUUGUGACAUGGGCUACUCUACUGGUAUGGGCAUUGUAACAGAGCUCUUGUGUAAUGAUGGGACUCUUUCUCCAUCUCCUCCUGUCUGUUAUGAAAACUGUGACUUACUAGAAAUUCCUUUCUCAAAUCAUACAAUAAAUGAUACGUUGGAGCAUGAUGCAAGUAUCGUUGUAGCUUGUGACAUGGGCUACUCUACUGGUAUGGGCAUUGUAACAGAGCUCUUGUGUAAUGAUGGGACUCUUUCUCCAUCUCCUCCUGUCUGUUAUGAAAACUGUGACUUACUAGAAAUUCCUUUCUCAAAUCAUACAAUAAAUGAUACGUUGGAGCAUGAUGCAAGUAUCGUUGUAGCUUGUGACAUGGGCUACUCUACUGGUAUGGGCAUUGUAACAGAGCUCUUGUGUAAUGAUGGGACUCUUUCUCCAUCUCCUCCUGUCUGUUAUGAAAACUGUGACUUACUAGAAAUUCCUUUCUCAAAUCAUACAAUAAAUGAUACGUUGGAGCAUGAUGCAAGUAUCGUUGUAGCUUGUGACAUGGGCUACUCUACUGGUAUGGGCAUUGUAACAGAGCUCUUGUGUAAUGAUGGGACUCUUUCUCCAUCUCCUCCUGUCUGUUAUGAAAACUGUGACUUACUAGAAAUUCCUUUCUCAAAUCAUACAAUAAAUGAUACGUUGGAGCAUGAUGCAAGUAUCGUUGCAGCUUGUGAAAUGGGCUACUCUACUGGUAUGGGCAUUGUAACAGAGCUCUUGUGUAAUGAUGGGACUCUUUCUCCAUCUCCUCCUGUCUGUUAUGAAAACUGUGACUUACUAGAAAUUCCUUUCUCAAAUCAUACAAUAAAUGAUACGUUGGAGCAUGAUGCAAGUAUCGUUGUAGCUUGUGACAUGGGCUACUCUACUGGUAUGGGCAUUGUAACAGAGCUCUUGUGUAAUGAUGGGACUCUUUUGCCUCCUCCUCCUGUCUGUUAUGAAAACUGUGACUUACUAGAAAUUCCUUUCUCAAAUCAUACAAUAAAUGAUACGUUGGAGCAUGAUGCAAGUAUCGUUGUAGCUUGUGACAUGGGCUACUCUACUGGUAUGGGCAUUGUAACAGAGCUCUUGUGUAAUGAUGGGACUCUUUCUCCAUCUCCUCCUGUCUGUUAUGAAAACUGUGACUUACUAGAAAUUCCUUUCUCAAAUCAUACAAUAAAUGAUACGUUGGAGCAUGAUGCAAGUAUCGUUGUAGCUUGUGAAAUGGGCUACUCUACUGGUAUGGGCAUUGUAACAGAGCUCUUGUGUAAUGAUGGGACUCUUUCUCCAUCUCCUCCUGUCUGUUAUGAAAACUGUGACUUACUAGAAAUUCCUUUCUCAAAUCAUACAAUAAAUGAUACGUUGGAGCAUGAUGCAAGUAUCGUUGUAGCUUGUGACAUGGGCUACUCUACUGGUAUGGGCAUUGUAACAGAGCUCUUGUGUAAUGAUGGGACUCUUUCUCCAUCUCCUCCUGUCUGUUAUGAAAACUGUGACUUACUAGAAAUUCCUUUCUCAAAUCAUACAAUAAAUGAUACGUUGGAGCAUGAUGCAAGUAUCGUUGUAGCUUGUGACAUGGGCUACUCUACUGGUAUGGGCAUUGUAACAGAGCUCUUGUGUAAUGAUGGGACUCUUUCUCCAUCUCCUCCUGUCUGUUAUGAAAACUGUGACUUACUAGAAAUUCCUUUCUCAAAUCAUACAAUAAAUGAUACGUUGGAGCAUGAUGCAAGUAUCGUUGUAGCUUGUGACAUGGGCUACUCUACUGGUAUGGGCAUUGUAACAGAGCUCUUGUGUAAUGAUGGGACUCUUUCUCCAUCUCCUCCUGUCUGUUAUGAAAACUGUGACUUACUAGAAAUUCCUUUCUCAAAUCAUACAAUAAAUGAUACGUUGGAGCAUGAUGCAAGUAUCGUUGUAGCUUGUGACAUGGGCUACUCUACUGGUAUGGGCAUUCUAACAGAGCUCUUGUGUAAUGAUGGGACUCUUUCUCCACCUCCUCCUGUCUGUUAUGAAAACUGUGACUUACUAGAAAUUCCUUUCUCAAAUCAUACAAUAAAUGAUACGUUGGAGCAUGAUGCAAGUAUCAUUGUAGCUUGUGACAUGGGCUACUCUACUGGUAUGGGCAUUGUAACAGAGCUCUUGUGUAAUGAUGGGACUCUUUCGCCUCCUCCUCCUGUCUGUUAUGAAAACUGUGACUUACUAGAAAUUCCUUUCUCAAAUCAUACAAUAAAUGAUACGUUGGAGCAUGAUGCAAGUAUCGUUGUAGCUUGUGACAUGGGCUACUCUACUGGUAUGGGCAUUGUAACAGAGCUCUUGUGUAAUGAUGGGACUCUUUCGCCUCCUCCUCCUGUCUGUUAUGAAAACUGUGACUUACUAGAAAUUCCUUUCUCAAAUCAUACAAUAAAUGAUACGUUGGAGCAUGAUGCAAGUAUCGUUGUAGCUUGUGACAUGGGCUACUCUACUGGUAUGGGCAUUCUAACAGAGCUCUUGUGUAAUGAUGGGACUCUUUCGCCUCCUCCUCCUGUCUGUUAUGAAAACUGUGACUUACUAGAAAUUCCUUUCUCAAAUCAUACAAUAAAUGAUACGUUGGAGCAUGAUGCAAGUAUCGUUGUAGCUUGCGACAUGGGCUACUCUACUGGUAUGGGCAUUCUAACAGAACUCUUGUGUAACGAUGGGACCCUUUCUCCAUCUCCUCCUGUCUGUUAUGAAAACUGUGACUUACUAGAAAUUCCUUUCUCAAAUCAUACAAUAAAUGAUACGUUGGAGCAUGAUGCAAGUAUCGUUGUAGCUUGUGACAUGGGCUACUCUACUGGUAUGGGCAUUCUAACAGAACUCUUGUGUAAUGAUGGGACUCUUUCUCCAUCUCCUCCUGUCUGUUAUGAAAACUGUGACUUACUAGAAAUUCCUUUCUCAAAUCAUACAAUAAAUGAUACGUUGGAGCAUGAUGCAAGUAUCGUUGUAGCUUGUGACAUGGGCUACUCUACUGGUAUGGGCAUUCUAACAGAGCUCUUGUGUAAUGAUGGGACUCUUUCUCCACCUCCUCCUGUCUGUUAUGAAAACUGUGACUUACUAGAAAUUCCUUUCUCAAAUCAUACAAUAAAUGAUACGUUGGAGCAUGAUGCAAGUAUCGUUGUAGCUUGUGACAUGGGCUACUCUACUGGUAUGGGCAUUCUAACAGAACUCUUGUGUAAUGAUGGGACUCUUUCUCCAUCUCCUCCUGUCUGUUAUGAAAACUGUGACUUACUAGAAAUUCCUUUCUCAAAUCAUACAAUAAAUGAUACGUUGGAGCAUGAUGCAAGUAUCGUUGUAGCUUGUGACAUGGGCUACUCUACUGGUAUGGGCAUUCUAACAGAGCUCUUGUGUAAUGAUGGGACUCUUUCUCCACCUCCUCCUGUCUGUUAUGAAAACUGUGACUUACUAGAAAUUCCUUUCUCAAAUCAUACAAUAAAUGAUACGUUGGAGCAUGAUGCAAGUAUCGUUGUAGCUUGUGACAUGGGCUACUCUACUGGUAUGGGCAUUCUAACAGAACUCUUGUGUAAUGAUGGGACUCUUUCUCCAUCUCCUCCUGUCUGUUAUGAAAACUGUGACUUACUAGAAAUUCCUUUCUCAAAUCAUACAAUAAAUGAUACGUUGGAGCAUGAUGCAAGUAUCAUUGUAGCUUGCGACAUGGGCUACUCUACUGGUAUGGGCAUUCUAACAGAACUCUUGUGUAAUGAUGGGACCCUUUCUCCAUCUCCUCCUGUCUGUUAUGAAAACUGUGACUUACUAGAAAUUCCUUUCUCAAAUCAUACAAUAAAUGAUACGUUGGAGCAUGAUGCAAGUAUCGUUGUAGCUUGUGACAUGGGCUACUCUACUGGUAUGGGCAUUCUAACAGAACUCUUGUGUAAUGAUGGGACCCUUUCUCCAUCUCCUGUCUGUUAUGAAAACUGUGACUUACUAGAAAUUCCUUUCUCAAAUCAUACAAUAAAUGAUACGUUGGAGCAUGAUGCAAGUAUCGUUGUAGCUUGUGACAUGGGCUACUCUACUGGUAUGGGCAUUCUAACAGAACUCUUGUGUAAUGAUGGGACUCUUUCUCCAUCUCCUCCUGUCUGUUAUGAAAACUGUGACUUACUAGAAAUUCCUUUCUCAAAUCAUACAAUAAAUGAUACGUUGGAGCAUGAUGCAAGUAUCGUUGUAGCUUGUGACAUGGGCUACUCUACUGGUAUGGGCAUUCUAACAGAACUCUUGUGUAAUGAUGGGACCCUUUCUCCAUCUCCUGUCUGUUAUGAAAACUGUGACUUACUAGAAAUUCCUUUCUCAAAUCAUACAAUAAAUGAUACGUUGGAGCAUGACGCAAGUAUCAUUGUAGCUUGUGACAUGGGCUACUCUACUGGUAUGGGCAUUAUUACAGAGCUCUUGUGUAAUGAUGGGACUCUUUCGCCACCUCCCCCUGCCUGUUAUGGUUGUGGCAAUGUUUUAUUUAGAAAACCAUAA